GUAUUCGCUCAUUGUUGUGUGUCGCUUUAGAGCAACGUGAUCAGUGGUUUGGAGACGUGAUGACGUCAGACUUCGAGGCACAAGCCGAGAGCGCGUUUAAAGCCGAGUAGGGCGUGAAAGUGUGUGUCGGUGCCGCUCGUUUUCCUUCUAGUUUCUUUUAAUCUAAUCCCCGUUCGACGAAUAAUGUGCAAGUAGCAUCGUGUGCCGCCGUGAACCAACGUGGGACAAUUAUGUUCGGUGUUCUUUUAACGUGAUUAAUAGUGAAAAAAAGGAAUACCAUGUUCCGCUGCAUACCGAUUUUUAAAGGGUGUAACAGGCAGGUGGAAUACAUUGACAAGCGUCAUUGCUCUCUGCCGUGCGUCCCCGAUGAUAUUUUACGAUAUUCGAGAAGCUUGGAAGAGCUCCUGCUGGACGCGAAUCACAUUCGUGAUCUACCUAAGAAUUUUUUUCGGCUGCAGAAGCUACGAAAGCUAGGCUUGAGUGACAAUGAAAUUCACCGCUUACCACCAGAUAUCCAGAACUUCGAAAAUCUCGUGGAGUUGGAUGUAUCCAGGAACGAUAUACCAGACAUUCCUGAGAACAUCAAGAAUUUACGGGCACUUCAGGUGGCGGAUUUCAGCAGUAAUCCAAUUCCAAGACUUCCAGCAGGGUUCGUGCAAUUAAGAAACUUAACUGUUUUGGGACUCAAUGAUAUGUCCCUUACGAAUCUGCCGCCUGAUUUCGGAAGCUUGGAGGCGUUGCAGUCAUUGGAGUUGAGAGAAAAUUUGCUCAAAUCCUUGCCGGAAUCGCUUUCCCAACUUUAUAAAUUGGAGCGGCUGGAUCUUGGUGACAAUGACAUUGAAGUUUUACCAGCACAUAUAGGAAAAUUACCAGCAUUACAAGAAUUAUGGUUGGAUCAUAAUCAAUUGCAACAUUUACCACCGGAAAUCGGAGAAUUGAAAACGUUAGCAUGCCUAGACGUAUCUGAAAACCGUCUGGAAGAUCUUCCGGAAGAAAUAGGAGGUUUAGAGUCUUUAACAGAUUUGCAUUUAUCGCAAAAUGUUAUUGAAAAAUUGCCUGAUGGUCUUGGAGAAUUACAGAAACUUACUAUACUUAAAGUCGAUCAAAAUAGGCUUUCUACUCUAAAUUCAAAUAUAGGCAGGUGUGAGAACUUACAAGAAUUAAUUCUUACGGAAAAUUUUCUCCUUGAACUGCCUGUAACUAUAGGAAAACUUCAUAAUCUAAACAAUUUAAAUGUAGAUAGAAACAGUUUGCAGUCGCUUCCUACGGAAAUCGGAAAUUUAAAACAAUUGGGUGUACUGUCUUUAAGAGAUAACAAACUGCAAUAUCUUCCUAUCGAAGUUGGACAAUGUACAGCUCUUCAUGUGUUGGAUGUCUCAGGCAAUAGAUUGCAGUACUUGCCAUAUUCCUUGAUCAAUUUGAACUUAAAGGCAGUAUGGUUAAGUAAGAAUCAAGCACAACCAAUGCUUACUUUUCAGACAGACGUUGAUGAGGAAACAGGGCAAGAAGUAUUAAUUUGUUUUCUUUUGCCACAAUUGGAAAUCCAUCCAGAUGAUUCAGGAAGAAUUGGUAUGCUUGGUGGUAUGAGAAAUGUUGUUCAAGAUGGCGAAAUACGUGAGCUUGGUAGUAGCGAUGAUGAAGGCUGGCAAGAAAAAGAAGCGUCGCGAACGCAUUCUGUGAAAUUUACGGAUGAACCUCCGGAAACUGAUAAGGAGACACCAUUCGUACGACAAAAUACCCCUCAUCCAAAAGAAUUAAAAGCAAAAGCUCAUAAAUUAUUUAGUAAAGGAAAAAAUGACAGCCGAUCAGCAUCUACAGAUGAGCAGGAUGUUUCUCAAACAUUUGGUUUGGAUAAAACUGAGACUGAUAUUUCAACAAAGUCCAACGAUUUGACUACAGAGACUAUAGAGCAAGAAUCAUUAAAACCUGAAUCUAUAGAAAAUGCACAAAAAGAAACCAUACCUGGAAUAGUAGCUGAUAAUGCAGAUUUUCAGUCCAGCAAUGAACCAGAAAUAAUUUUAACUAAUCAAUAUAUUACAGAAUCUAAUGCUGAUGUGAGGACUGAAGGUUCAAUAUCUGAAUCAAAGGAUAUAAAUGACAAAGAUGAGGAAGAAUCUGAAAAUGAAGAAACACAAAGACAUGUCGAAUUUUCUAUCGUAGAAGGUAUUGAUUAUGAUGGUAGUGGUGAUUCAAAUAGACCAAAUAGACUCCAUCGUAGAGAUACUCCACAUCACUUGAAAAAUAAACGAAUCCACACAGCAAUAGAUAAAGAAAAAGUAGCUUCCAUUAUUGCACAGGCACUUACGAAGAAAAAUGACGAAAUCUCCACAUCCACGUCAGCACCUGCAGAACCCACAGAAAAUUUUGACGCUCAAAGUCAAGGUGCGAUUUCUGAUGCUGAGCCGACGAUAGAAGUACGAGAAGAACAAUACGAAAUUCAUAUCGAAAGAACGACAGGUGGUCUUGGUUUAUCAAUAGCUGGUGGAAUUGGUUCAACCCCUUUUAAGGGUGAUGAUGAAGGCAUUUUUAUUUCAAGAGUCACGGAAGGUGGACCUGCAGACUUAGCAGGUUUAAAAGUGGAGGAUAAAGUAUUGUCUGUAAAUGGUGUUUCAGUUGUAAACGUAGGUCAUUAUGAUGCUGUAGAAGUUUUGAAAGCUUGUGGACGUGUCCUUGUGUUAGUGGUUCAAAGAGAAGUUACGAGGAUAGUGCCACCAUAUGAACAGGUAUCGUCGAGAAAAGACUCAGCGUGCUCUAGUUUAAGUACCAGUAGAGCUCCAAGUGCGACGUCUCAUGUUUCAUCUACAGGUUUACCGCAUAAUUUAGAAAAUGGUGAUGCUUUACCUCAUGAUGCUAUUAAGUCUAAGAAAAUCCCUGAACCUAUAUCAUCAACAAAGGCGGGUAAUGAACCAAUGGUAUCUGUUCUUGUUCACACAACAUUAAUACGGGACCAAAAUGGACUUGGAUUUAGUAUUGCUGGUGGAGAGGGUUCUCCACCAUUCAAAGACAAUAGUGAUGCGAUAUAUAUUUCAAGAAUAACCGAUGGUGGUGUGGCACAAAAAGAUGGUAAAUUAUUAGUUGGAGACAAAGUAAUAUCUAUUAAUGGAGUUGAAAUGAGAGGAGCCAAACAUGAGCAAGCAGUUGCUUUAUUAACAGGUUUGGAAAGAUUCGUUCGAUUAGUGGUCGAACGUGAAAUUCCACUUUCGCAAGCAAAUGCAGCCACAGUUGUAACACCUUCUGAAAAGUCACCACGAGUGAUCGGUGCACCUAGACCAUAUACAGGAUUAUAUAACGCCAAUAGUUAUAUAGCAAAUAGACCGGGUUACACCGGAUAUCGACGUUCUAUCGAUGCUGAUAGGACUCUAUCGCCAAGUCCUACUUCGAAAACGCCUCCGCCUAUGAAAAUUGAAACUACUGAGCUACCGAAAAUGAAUGGUGUUACAGAAUCAGGAAAUAUUAAAAACGUUUCUUCGAUAUCACCAAGUCCGACAAAUAGCCAACCACAUCCACAACCUGCCCCUAGGCAUAGCAUUUCGCAACCUACAAUUACACCCACGACAACUACAAGCUCAACGCCCACGUCUUCUACAGAACCUAGGUCAACCUCACCCCAGGAAGACAUACAGGUACCGAAGCCUAUCACCAACGAAGAAUUUCAGGCCAUGAUACCUGCUCAUUUCCUUCGUCCCCCUACUUCCUCACCAUCACCAGAUUCCCAUCAAGGCCCUAUCGUGACAGUGACAAUAAAGCAGCCUGAUAAUCUACCUGGAGACGUCAAUUUUCCUCCGGCUCCUACCACACUUGGUAAAGUUACUGAGACCAUCACAAAGAGCACUCUCACCGAGACCGUCGUAACUAGGGUGACUGAAAAUCAAUUGGUACCACCAGUAAUCAUUGAGGAUGUAAUUCUUGUAAAAGAAGGAUCCCUAGGAUUCAGUAUUAUUGGCGGUACAGAUCAUUCGUGUACUCCAUUUGGUGCAAAAGAGCCUGGAAUUUUUAUAUCUCAUGUUGUGCCUGGUGGUAUAGCUGCAAAAUCUGGUAAAUUGAGAAUGGGUGAUAGGAUACUAAAGGUAAAUGGUACUGAUGUAACAAAAGCUACUCAUCAAGAGGCUGUGAUGGAACUUUUGCGACCAGGCGAUCAAAUAGUGCUUACUGUCCAACAUGAUCCACUACCAGAAAAUUAUCAGCUGGUCGAAAUAGAGUACAUCCCUGUGACAGAAUUAGUUAUUACAAAAGAACCAGGCGAAAAAUUGGGCAUGCACAUUAAAGGAGGACUUCGAGGACAAAAAGGAAAUCCCCUUGAUCAUACAGAUGAAGGGGUGUUUAUAUCCAAAAUCAAUUCAGGUGGUGCAGCUAAAAGAGAUGGAAGACUGAAGGUUGGAAUGAGACUACUAGAAGUCAAUGGGACGUCGCUGUUAGGUGCGACUCAUCAGGAAGCAGUAAAUAUAUUACGGUGUUCAGGAAACACAAUUACGUUAGUAGUUUGUAAAGGAUAUGAUAAAAGUGAAAUCGAGCCAGUAUUGCCAUUAUCCGAUGGUAGAGAUUCUAAAGAAUCUAGGUCAUCCAAGGAAUUGAAGGAUCCUGCAACAGAAGGUACUAAAUCAUUAUCGCAAAGUAUAUCUAGUUUGGAUCGCGAUGAUGAAGAAGCAGCAACUCUCAGACAAGAGCAAGAAAUGAAAGCUGAACUUGUAGCAUGGGAACAAGAAGAAAGAGAACGUGCUUUGCUUGAACAUAGAGAAAAAUCUACCCCUGAAAAAGUAUUAGAUGUAGUAAGAGCAGCUGAAUCAUUAGUAAGCAAAUCAAGUAGUCCGGUUGACAUGGUUGUACCACCAAAGUCACCAGGUGGUACAAAAGAUCUCAAAACAACCACUAUUGUGAUGAGCAAACACACUUUAGCACCUCAAAAUACAAAUUCACUGAGCAAAGAGAGAGAUGGAACUUCAGUGGACAGUCCAACGCCCCAAUCUCCGGUCUCUACUCUUACUUCAUCAAUGAAUUUCGAUCGCACUACUGCUGUCCAAAGCUUGCCCUCUCCAAAGAAAAAAAGUUCCAUACCGAAACGUAGUAUUACAUUUGCUGAUCUUCCUCCCAGUUCUAGAAAAGAACCAAUUAAUUAUCCAACUUCAACAAAUGAAUAUCCUUCAUCUUUGCAUGAUAAUAGAUAUAUUUCUGAUCCUCAAAUUACUUCUUAUAAGAAAAUCUAUCAAAAUCCUAUCCAAAGUACUCAGUAUUCAUCUCGUUCCAAACUUCCUCCUACACCUUUGACUGCUCCUCCAUCCAUAGGAGAUUAUGGCACUUCAGUCCCUUUUGAUAAACGACAGAACGCACGCUCUGUUGGUGGGAGUAAUCAGGUUGAGCUUUCACCAACACCAUCACCAACACCACCUUUAGUGAAGAUGUCAGUUAGCGAUAAAAAGAAAUUGUUUGAAAGUGCCAUGGAGGAACAUUUGAAACCUUCCCCUAAGCCAGAAAAAGUAUUCAGUUUUCUAAGUCAAGAUGAAGUUGAAAAGAUGAAACAAGAAGAAGAAAAGAAGAUAGCUACUCUAACGCGGGAUGAAUUAAAAUCAUGGGCUCAACUCGAUGAAAACGAAGGCUUGGAAGAUUUAGAGGAAACAUUAGAAGAUCAGGAUAACCGGCGACCUAAUAGCCGACUGAGUUCGCGAAGUUCGAUCCCCCUUCUGCAGAAUCUUCCAAGCAGUGUAAGGACAGCAAAAGCAGAACGUCGCUUGAAAGAGAGACUGAUACAGGAGGGUAUAAUUUCUGAUGAAGAUGAAGAAAGUCAUUUGAGUCCUGCUGAACAAAGAGCACUAAGGGCAGAGAAGCGUGCAGCAUGGAGACAAGCACGUUUAAAAUCUCUGGAACAGGAUGCUAUUCAAGCACAGAUGGUAAUUAAGAAAAUGAGUGAAAUGAUGGAUACUACAAAUAAGGCAGAUCCUACGCAGGAUUCUACAGAUGCUGUUACUGUUGUUCCUGAAACAGAAAAGACAGCCGAUGUUGAAACUCUACGAGAAAAAAUUAUAUCAUUGGAACUAAGUAAUGCAGAAGAUGAAGUAGAAAGUAUUAUCGGAACAGGAGCAAGCGAUGCUGAAAGCGAAAGUGAAGAAAUUACUGGACAGCCUUCUAAUGUGAAUACCAUGCAAGAGAAAACUGAAACAAUUAUACCUACAAGUGCCACUGAAGAUGCCGCUCCUAAAAUAAGUGCAAAUACUAUCCUUGUUUCAAAGAAAAAGAAACGAAAACGUUCGAAAAAAGGUCGUCAUUGACCUCAGAUAAAAAUGUUGGUGCAAAAUGAAGAAAGACAUAUGGAAGAACGAUUGUGAAAUAUUUUCUUUUUUUUAUUAUAUCAUUGUGAAAGUGUGUUCUAAUAAUGCAUACUUUGCAUUACAUCAAUCUACUUCAUGCAUUUCAGAAUUCAAAUCCUUACUAUAUUGGUGCAUAUAAUAUUUAAAAGAUUCCUCAUUGCGUGCUGCUUUUUUUGAAGCACACAUAUAUAUACAUAAUACAUAAAAUAUAAUUUCAUAUUCACUAUUUAACAUAACUGAUUAGGUAUAUUCAGAAUUAUGUUUAUUUCUUUCAUAGAUCGUGCUAUGUUUCUAAUAUUAACAUAGUGAAAUAAUGCAUGUGUGAUUAGUAUUAUCGCAUCAUAUUUUUAUCUGGAUUGGUGCAACAUAGUAAUUGUAACUAGCGCAAUCGAUUUCCUUAUUUCUUUAUACAUCAUAGAAUUUGUAUUUUAUACUUGUUUCAUAAGAUUUGUCUCCUGCGUAAUACCGAUAAAAAGUAUUUUAAUGGCGAAAAAAUUAGAAUAUAAUAUCAAAGUAGUAUUUUUACAGUCAGUACUAUGAUCAUAUACCCUAUGAAAUAUAUUUACUGAAAUCGGUUUAUACGAAAAAUUCAUGUGAUUCAAUAUUCGUUGUUCUAUAUAAAAUGAUACACAUUCCUUUUUGCAAUUUUUGUUUUGUUUCGUAGUUUAAAUAAUAUAUUUUAAUAUAAGCAAUUCCUCAAUUUAAAUAGGAACACAGGAGCAGUAUUUUUGGUCACUGAAACGAACAAUAUACAAAUGAAAAGAUUUUAAUCAAAUUGUAAUAAACAAUUGGUUUUCAGACAUAUGUAAAAUAUGUUAUUAGUUAGCUUAAAAAUGAAAAAUAACGUAAACUACAGCUAUUUGUUGUGGUUUGUAAAGUAUUUUAUUUAUUUUCCUUUAGUGAUAAGUAUAUUAAUAUAUAUGUUAUGUAAAAUUAUUUUGAUAUACUUUAAGAUUCAUUUUAAAAAGCACAUAUAUUUAAUCUCAUUGUUAAAUAUCGACAUAGUUUUUGAUCAUUCAUCAUUAGGAAGAAAUUUAUUUAAAGUUUAUUAUCCAUUCUAAUGUCAAAGUUGCCACUAAAAUGUAAUAAAUACCAAGUAUUAAAUUUUUUAAUUGUUUAAAAUAUAUUAUUACUAUACAUAUUCAUGAUUUCGUUCUUUUAAAAAUUUUGUUGUUUUAAUUUAUUUAUACUAACGAUAGCUAUAUUUUAUCGUUAACAUAUUUUAUUUCACAAUAUAUUCAAUAAUUUCAUGAUUAAACAAUGUUCUCGCAUAUUCAAAAGUACACAAAAAGAGUUAGCCAAUAUGUAACAAAUAGAUGUAAAAAUAGCGGAGAUUUGAAGCAAGAUUAAAAUCUUAACUUUAUUAAAAGAAUAAAAUGUCGACUACAAUUGAAGAAGCGGAAUAUAUAAAAUAUAUGCUGUUUCUUUAUCGCUGACUAUAACAGUACCUUCUAAUAAAUAUGUAUGUGUGAGAUUACAAAAAAUAUAAUUUCUAUAUAAAAACUUCUAUGAUAAUGUUAAAUACUUUGUAGGUAUAUUAUCUGGUAAUAUAAACCAAUAAUAUUUGUAAUCUCAUAUAGUUCAAAAUAUUUACCUAUGUUGAAAUUGCAACAUAUACAGGUAAAAAAAAUUGAAAAUCAUAGUAGUUUUACUAUUUGUGUUUUAGAUAUAACUUUUUGUAUUCUUCAUAUGUUUGCAAUAGUAAGAUGAUUCGUCUUAAAUAUAAAAAUAUCAUUUUAUAUAGAUCAUAUACAUUCUUCAGUGAAACAGACCAUAUUAUUAGUAUUAAGAUCUUUGCAAAUUAUACAGAUAAAAUUAAAUAUGUAGCAUAAGUAAACAUUAAUUGAGACAAGUAUACUAUUAACUGCGGUGUAAAGUGCGAUUAAAGGAGCGGGACCAAUUUAUUAAAUUAUUCAUAAGAUUGUAAAA